AUGGAGGUCUCCAGUUCCCGCCCCUGCGUAUGCAGCCCCGCCCUCCCCAAGUCCCCGCACCCGGCGAGCGGGGGGCCGGGCGCGCGGAAGGCGGAGCCGAGCAGGGGAAUCCUCUCCCGAUUCGCCGCCGGCCCGCAGAGCCACCCGGCCGUCCAGGUGCCCCUGCUCGGGGAGCGGCCGAACCUCGACGGGCCGAUCCUGCAGAAGCCCCCGUGGCCCCGCGCGGGCCCAGAGGAGGCUCCGGCAGCGCCCUGCAACAUCAGCGUGCAACGGCAGAUGCUGAGCUCGCUACUCGUGCGGUGGGGCCGCCCGCGGGGCUUGCAGUGCGACCUGCUGCUCUUCUCUACCAACGCGCACGGCCGCGCCUUCUUCGCAGCCGCCUUCCACCGCGUCGGGCCGCCGCUGCUCAUCGAGCAUCUGGGGCUGGCGGCCGGCGGCGCGCAGCAAGACCUGCGCUUGUGCGUGGGCUGCGGCUGGGUGCGUGGCCGCCUGCGGGCCCCAGCCGGGGCUCCCACAGCGCUGCCUGCCUACCCUGCGGCUGAACCCGGGCCGCUGUGGCUGCAGGGCGAACCUCGUCACUUCUGCUGCCUGGACUUCAGCCUGGAGGAGCUGCAGGGCGAGCCGGGCUGGCGGCUGAACCGCAAGCCCAUCGAGUCAACGCUGGUGGCCUGCUUCAUGACCCUGGUCAUCGUGGUGUGGAGCGUGGCCGCCCUCAUCUGGCCGGUGCCCAUCAUUGCCGGCUUCCUGCCCAACGGUAUGGAGCAGCGCCGGACCACCGCCGGCGCCCCCGCGGCCGCUCCCGCCGCCGUACCUGCAGGGACCACCGCCGCCGCCGCCGCCGCUGCUGCUGCAGCUGCCGCCGCCGCGGCCGUGACCUCAGGAGUGGCCCCCAAGUGACCCCCGCUACCCUGCGUCCACGCUGUGUACGCGCUCGCACGCGCCUUCCUCGAGGGAGACGCGGCAGGGGCGCUUCGUACUGUCCUUAGUGUUCGUCCUUUUCCCGGGAGGGGACCGCGGAGAGGCCCCAACGAGGUGGGAAAGCGAGGUUUGUGCUGCGCUCCUGGUUCGGAAAAGCAGGGGCAAGCUCUCAGACUGAAGGGUGGGAUCCACGCGUGGCUCGAGGACACAGGGAAAAGGCCCUUUCCCCUGCGGCACCCCCUCCCUGCGCCCACAUGCCCUUUAUUCAUGGCAGAAAGUGACCUGAUCCUGUGUAUUUGUUUUAUAUAUUUAAUAACUGUUUUAAAUGAAAGUUUUAGUAAAAAAAAAUAACAAAACAAAAAGAUUCCAAUGCUAUCGCUGUAGUAACAGGAGCUCUUUGUAUUUGAACAUAGUUGUACUUGAAGCUUCUUGGUUUGUUUUUUAUUUAUUUUAAAAAAGGGUGGGGGGAGGGCAAGGGAAGGAUUUGACACGGAUUUAUUGUUAUUGCUAAAAAAAUAACUUUAUGAAUCUUUUUCAAGUCGAUCUAUUCAGUGACAUGGCCUGGUGGGCGUUUCUUCUUGUAUUAAUGUGGUUUUCUGGCUUUUAAUACAGACAUUUUCCUCCA